AUAAAUCUGAAAUGAAAUUAAAUAUAGGAAGGUUAUGUUGAUGAUAAUUAAGAAUUAGAUGAUGUGUAAAUGUGCGAAUGGUUGGUAAUAGAAUGACGUAAGGAAAGAGAGAAAGAGAGAGACAGAAUGAAAGAAAGAGAGAGAAUAUUUUUUGCAACGGAAUACAUAAAAUUAUUGGGAAAGAAUUUAGAAAGGAAAUUGGAUAAUAUAUAAAGAAAUUAUGUUUGUUAUAAAUUGAAUUUUAAAUGAUAUAAGAAAAAUAUAGAAGUUAAUAUGGAGUAAUAUGUAAGCAAAGAAUGAUGUAAUGUAUAAGCAAAGAAAGUGAUUGUUUUUAUGACUAGAUGUUCGAUCAACUGUAAAGAUAUUAAAAGUAAACAAGUUAAAAAUGAAGUAGAAAAAAUUAAAUCAAUCAUUAAUCGGUGACUUGUUAUUGGAUAGGAUGAGUCGAACAAGGGAACAAGCAGGUCCAUCCAAAGCAUCAGGAUCUGCAGGCUCUACUGAAGAAAAAGAGAAAGACGAUAGGAUGUUCGAGUGCAAUAUCUGUUUAGAUACUGCAAAAGAUGCAGUAGUCAGUAUGUGCGGUCAUCUAUUUUGUUGGCCUUGUCUGCAUCAGUGGUUGGAAACCAGACCUACCAGACAGGUCUGUCCAGUAUGUAAGGCUGCUAUAAGUAAAGAUAAAGUCAUUCCAUUGUACGGACGUGGAGCUACAAAGCAUGAAGAUCCAAGGAAUAACGUGCCACCACGGCCAGCCGGUCAAAGGUCAGAGCCAGAAGCCAAUGUCGGCUUUCCCGGCUUUGGUUUCGGCGAUGGUUCCUAUAUGUCGUUUGGCAUUGGCACUUUUCCGUUUGCUUUUUUUACAUCGACUUUUAACUUUGGAGAAACACGACCAAGCCCAGCUCCUAGGGGCACGCCACAAUAUGAAGAAGAACAAUUCUUAUCUAAGAUAUUUUUGUGGUUAGCGGUGAUAUUCAUUUGCUGGUUGUUGAUGGCAUAACAUUGUUUCUAAAUAAUAUCAAUCUAUUCUGUAACUCAUAAUCUUUAUAAUGUUUCUUAUGAUGUUUUGUCACUUCAUGAUAAUUGUGACAUCGGAUUUUUAGUCUUCGUAAAUUCUAUUUGAUAAAAA